AUGAAGACUGCCGUGUCCAAAUUGCCUGACGGCCAUGGUUGUGUCUAUAAGGAGGUACGCUUUUCGCCAACGGCAACCCCUGUUCGUCGUGCGCAAUCAGUCUCUACAAGUACCCCGUCUAUGAACUCCAAAUACCGACAAACGCGGAUCCCCCAGGUUCCCCAAGACCCGAGCUUUGGCUUAGAUACAUCAUAUAUCGAGCAAUCGCGCGAGCUUCUCGAGAACCAGCGGGCGCAUCUGGAAACCGAGCGGGCGCUGUUCGCUCAGGAACGACAAUUAUGGGCGAAAGAAAGGAUACUUCUGCGGACGAAGAUUGCAGAGCUAGAGUCUUUGUUGAAAUCUCAACGGAGCCAAUCUAUCCUCGCAACUGGGCAUCCUCCCAAGCCUGCAUUUGGAACACCGCAGUACUUGGACUCCCAUGAUCAUCUCUCCUCGGCACAGGUGUGGGAAGGGUCAAGUCCAGGAAGUCGACCGACGAGGGUAUUCCGCGACGAAGAAAUCCUAGUUAAUGCCCACCUAUCGCCGAUUAGUGAAAGGAGUGGCAGUAACCCUCCGUCCCUUGAUGCGGCACUGUCACCACGGGCACGGGCUGUAGACGCCUCUGGCGCGACUAUCAGCAUCCCCGUGCCCAUCGAAAAGCUUGACAGCAGACUGGAUGGGAUCACACUCAAGUCCACUGCUUUGCCACCUGGGGUGGUUGCUCGAGUGAUCACCCCACCCUCCCCGUCGCCCCUAGAAACCUCCUCCCCGGCUUUAGCCACCGCCCCUUCAGACCCUGCAAGGCCGGGGAUGGAACAUCGAAACAGUCUCAAGUUGAAGCUGUCAGAACUGGGCCGACCCAAUGAGAACCUUGUCAGGGAUGCUGGCCACACUCCCAUGGCGAUCAUCGAGGUAGAUGACAGCCAGCGGACCACCAAGGACGCCUCCCCCGUUGAGAUACCCCCGUUCCAGGAGGAGGAGGCCCCUUUGGCACCGAUGGUCACCCACGUCCACCAACCCUCCGAACAUGCGGAGUCCUACUUUCCCGACCUACCUGACGAUCCUGCGCUCACCGGGCCCCUGGGUCUGACUAAUGAUGAAGAGCACGAUAGCAGCUUCCUGAAUGAACUUGAUACGCGACUUCUAGACCAGGCUAAGCGUAUUCUGUCUACCUCGACGGUAUCCGAUGGAGAAGAAGAGCCUGAUCCAAAAGCACCCAAUCAAGGCGAACCAGAACCGGAAAUCAAAUUUAAGAAUUCGACGAAUUUUGGCACAGCAUUUGGAAUAUCAAAUUUUGGGAAAAUCUGA